CAAAUGGUCUAAAUUGUUAUUUGGCAAGCAAUGUUGCUCUUAAUCUAUUGCCAAAGCUACCGCGCUUGAGGGUGCUCGAUAUGAGUAGAUAUGACAUCACACAAGUUCCAAAUUCGGUUGGAUAUUUGAAACAUCUGCGGUAUCUUAACCUAUCCUACACCUCCAUUGAAGAAUUACCUGAAUCACUAGGCUCUCUUUACAAUCUACAAACAUUGAUGUUAAGAGAAUGCAGAAAACUGAAAAAGUUGCCAGCAGACUUGGGAAACCUAAUUGACCUACGUCAUCUCGAUACUACAAAUGCACAUUCCUUAGAAGAAAUGCCACUGGGAAUAGGUAAGUUGGCUAAUCUUCAGACAUUGUCCAAUUUUAUUGUUACCAAAAACAGUAGGCCUCAGUUAAGUGAGUUGGGGAAUUUAAUUUAUCUUCGAGGGAAGCUUUGCCUAUUUGGGUUACAGAAUGUCAUGGUUCCAUUAGACGCAAGGGAUGUGAAUUUAAAUGAUAAGAAGGGGUUAGAUGUGUUAUCAAUGGAAUGGAGUGUGAACUUAGAUUAUUCACGGGAUGUAAGCGAUGAAACCGAAGUGCUUGACAUGUUACAACCUCACAAGAAUUUAAAAGAGCUCCAUAUCAAAGGCUACCUUGGUAUAAGAUUUCCAACUUGGAUAGGAGAUCCUCUGUUCUCCAAUAUGGCUGACCUAAGUUUAGACAAUUGUGAAAAUUGUGCAUUCUUGCCACCACUCGGACAACUACCCUCCCUUAAAAAGCUUUACAUUAAAGGAAUGAGUGCACUAUAGGAUGUCGGUCGUGAGUUUUAUGGGCAGGGCGGUGCCAAACCUUUUCCAUUACUGGAGACUUUAAGCUUUAAGGAUAUGCCAGAAUGGGAGUAUUGGUAUACUUUCGAAGAUGAUAAGGAAGUUCAACCGUUUACACAUGUUAGUGAGCUCUCCAUAAAAAAUUGUCCUAAACUUCUCAAAAUGCUGCCCAGUGAUCUACUUUGUUUGAAUAAUCUAGAUAUUACAGGGUGCCCACAAUUCCUAGUUGAAGUUUCCAGCCUUGUCCUCCCAUCACUCACCUCCCUGACUAUGAAUGACGUGCCUCUAACUAGCCUUCAAGCGGUCCUUGAGAUGAGGAGCAUGAUUAAUGAUGAAGUGAUAUCAGCAAAUGCAAAGUCUAAGCAUCUGAGUUCAAUAACUUCCUUGAGCAUUGGGAUGAUUGAGGAACUCGAGUUCUUACCGAAAUGGGUUACUCAUGGGCUGAUGGAACUCGAAGCGUUGAAGAUUACAAGGUGUGAAGAACUCAAGACACUCUGGAGGAAUGAGGUGAGAGUGCAACACAGUCUCCCUGGAUUUCGACAUUUGCUAAUUAGAGGCUGUCCCCGGCUUGUUUCAUUGUUUGAAGAAGAUGAGGAUGAAGAAAAGGAAGGGCAACAUCAGCAGCAGCAGCAACAUGAGGGACUCCCUUGCAUAGUGAGGCUUGAGCAUCUAAGAAUAGAUAAUUGUGAAAAGCUGGAGAAAUUGCCACGGCUGCUACAUACCUUCACUUUUCUUCGAGAGUUGUAUGUCGUUAAAUGUCCAAGUCUCGGCUCUUUUCCGGAGACAGGUUUUCCGUGCACACUGAAAAGACUCGAGAUACGUGAUUGUGAGGCUCUGCAAUCCUUAUUCAGGUGGAUAACACAGAUUAAUGACAAUAAUCUUGAAGUGUUAGGGGUUCUAGAUUGUCCAUCCCUCACAUGCUUGAUAUCGAGCAGAGGUGGGGGGCUACCACCCACACUCAAAGAGCUUCAGAUUUAUCGGUGUAAAAAGUUGGAGGCACUGCUAGUAGAGGAGGGGAUGGAAAUUAAUUGUCCAUUUCUUGAGUUUGUUUGGAUUAGAGCUUGUGAUAGGCUCAAAUACUUGCCAGGUGCCCUUCCUAAUAAUAAUAAUAAUCUCAGGAAUCUCAGUCAAUUGUUCUUAAAUGGGUGUGAGAAUUUGGAGUACAUUCUGGAAGGAUGGUUCCACUCUGCAAUAAAUCUGACACAAUUGGAUAUCACCGGAUGCAAAAAACUGAAGGCCCUACCAGGUCUGCCACACGUAUUGCAGGCCAUCAACUACCUCACUUCUCUUGAAUAUCUGGGGAUGAAUAUUUCAGAUUGGAACAACCACUUCAAAAAGAUUGGUUUGCACAGUUUUUUGUCUCUUACAACACUGCGGAUUGAAGGCCCAAUUAGUGUCCACCUCUCUGAUGUAGCGGGGUCCAGCUUUCCAAUAGAUGGGAUGUUGCUGCCCACCUCCCUGAUCAGUCUCAGCAUCGUGAAUUUCCGAAAUCUGGAGAAGCUAUCUUCUAAGUUGUUUCAAUACCUCGCCUCUCUUGAACAUCUUCAUAUCAGGGGUUGCCCUAGCCUCAAAUCUUUACCAGUGCAAAGGCUGCCUCCCUCACUUAUGGAAUUGUCGAUCAACGGAAGUCGGAAAAUAACAGAGAGGUGUGAAAAGGGAAAAGGCAAAUAUUGGUCCCACUUAGCUCACAUUCCUCGAGUCCACGUUGUUGAUGAUGAUGAUGAUGAGUGAAAAGCUCCGUGGAGAUUCCCACCACAAUACAAGCAGUCAAAUUGCCAGCAAUUUUUUGAAUGAGAGAUGCCUAUGCAUGACAGUGAGGUUCUAUUUCUCUAUUUCCGAACUUGAUGUAAGUAUCAUCAAAUCUAACUUUGUUUCUCAAAUAUUCUUUCUUUCUUUUUAUUUUGUAAAAUUUCUUCUCCAGCUAUGCAAUUGAACUCUUGAAAUAGAACCAUCUGUGAAGUUUGUAAAUUUAACAAAUUCUUGAUUUCAUUUAUUAGCUAAACUUUUUAUCGAAUAGUUUUUGCUAUUAGCAUUUUGUUGAUUAGAGUCUAAAGGGUAUGAAAUUCUACUUCAACUACUGCCCAUAAGCCAAUAUUGGAAAAUUGGGGACUUACAUUUAAUGUUUUGGGCAUCAUAUAUAUAUAUAUAUAUAUUCAAGUGCAAUUAUGUAUUCGAUAAUUAUUCAGCUAUCUCCAAAUAUCAAGUGAAAUUGUUCAUGCGAUGCUCCGAAUUAAUGAUGUAAUAAAAAACUUUAUGGGUGGGAUCAUACUAACCCACCUUUAUUAAGUAGUGACAAGCAAUGAUCCACUAGAGUUGUUUUAUAAAUUUUUUUUUGGUCAGGAGUACCCUAUAAAUAAUAUCACAUGAUAAUAUGAGGCCACCUAAAAUAUUUCCCUAAUACACCACCCACAUAGUGAAAUCUGGGGCCUGCACAAAGUCUCAAAAAAACUUGAGAAUCAAACCAACCCGACUUCCAUGGGGUUGGGUUGGUUUGAGUUCUUUUUAUUACUUUGGUUUAGGCUUGGUUUAGGGUUGUUUGGGAUGACCUAAAUAAGUGCACUUUUUGUCUUUUUACGAAAAGAUGUACAGAAAAGUAGAGAGGUGAUGUGAUGGAAAAAAGAUAAAAAGAUGGAUUAUUUGGGACUUCCCAAA